AUAUACGAAUAUAUAAGUGAUAUUAUUUUCAUGAAGGUUAUUUUAUUUUUCUAUUUAGCGUAGAUCGGUAGUACCAUCAAUUAAGUGUUUAUUACUACCAAUAGAAAACAUAUAUGAUGAUCACAAUAUUGUUGUCGGCAAUCGUAAUAGCAGCUCUGAGCAUCUUGAUACACAAGCAUUUACAAGUAUAUACUUAUUGGAAAGAUAGAGGAGUACCCUACGUGAAACCUAUACCGAUAUUUGGAAAUAUGUACGAUGUAGCUCUAUUCAUCAAACAUGUAGGAGAAGUGAUUGUACAGAUUUACAAUGAAAUCGAUGAGCCAUAUGUUGGUUUCUUUUUCAUGGAUCAACCGGUUCUAAUGAUACGAUCACCCAAGAUCAUUAAACAAAUACUGAUCAAAGAUUUUAAAAAUUUCAGAAACAGGAGUAUCGCUCCUGCUCGACACAGCGAUAUAUUCAGAAAUUUUUUACUGAUGGCCGAAAGUAACAGAUGGAAAUAUCUUCGGAAUCAGUUGACGCCGCUAUUCACCUCUGGUAAAUUGAAAGGAAUGAUACAUACCAUCAACGAAGUCAGUGAUAGACUUACGGAACAAAUAGCGAGGAGCGAUGGUCCUUUAGAUACUAAAGAAGUUUAUACGAAUUUCAUUACUGAAGCUGUCGGACAAUGUUUUUUCAACAUUGAAACUAAAUGUUUGGGAGAUGAAAAAAGUAUAUUCAGGGAAAUAUUGAGGCUUUUAUUUCACCCUUCGCAUAAAACUUUGCUUAUCCAGUUCAUAUAUUUCGUGAGAAGCAAAUGGGUGGACAUAUUAAAAUUGGAUUUUGUAGAUAGCGACGCUAUAAAGUUUCUUGUACAAGUAUUUUCAGAAGCUGUAGCCCUAAGAAAAGUUCCAAAUGAGAAAACCAAAGAUGUUAUUGAUGUGAUGAUAAAGAAUAGAGAUGCGGAAGAUUUUGGCAAAAUAGGUCAUUUUGCGAGUGGCGUACAGUUCAUGGUAGCAGGAAUUGAAACCACUAGCACAGGUAUGUCUUGGAUGAUGUUCGAACUAGCUUUUAAUCAAAAUAUACAAGACAAACUACGCGAAGAAAUCAUUGAAGUUAUAAAAAAACACGAAGGAAAAAUUACUUGGCAAGCUAUUCAAGAGAUGAAAUACUUGGAUAUGUGCUAUUUAGAAACUUUAAGAAGAUAUCCCAUUGUACCAUUUCUUGACAGAAAAGCAAUCGAAGAUUAUAAGAUCGAAGGGACUAAUUUCGUUAUUGAAAAAGGCACUGUAAUUUACAUUCCAUUAUUUGGAUUAUCAUGGGAUGAAAAAUAUUAUCCAGAUCCAUAUAAAUUCGAUCCGGAACGUUUCGCUAAUAGCCCGCACGCCAAUUUAAAUGAUGAAGGUCUGACUUAUAUGCCCUUUGGUGCCGGACAACGAAUUUGUCUUGGAGAACGAUUCGCAAUUUUAUCAACAAAAUUAGUUGUAGUUAAAACUCUUUUGAAAUACAAAUUGGAAAGCUGCAAUGAAUCGCCUCCGUAUCCAGUGAAGCUCAAUCCCAAAACCACUUUUUUAGAAUCUAAACAAGGGUUGAAGGUAAAUUUUACCCCAAUUAAUGUCGAUAUAAGAGUAUAAUAGUUAUUAUUUCAAAUAAAUAUACAAUUUUUAACAAAA